AUGUCAACGCCAUUAUCAACAUCUUCGCCAGAUGGCACUGAAUUCACCAUAGUAGCCUUGUCAUAUCGCGGCUAUUGGACUUCGUCGGGCCGGGCAACGCAGUCCGGUAUCGAGCUUGACGCGCAAGCAUUUCUCGACUGGGUAUCGGAAACCUAUACCGCACCAGAGACCGAUCUGGAGGUCAUCCUCUGGGGGCAUAGUCUCGGCUCGGCCAUCGCGAGUAGUGCUACUGCCACUUACCUCUCCCGUCACCAUGGUGACCAGUCAUCUGUGAGCAAGGGGGGAACCCAUCUUCCAGUAAACAUCGCUGGACUGAUUCUGGAAGCACCGUCCUCCAGUAUCAAGGACAUGCUUAUAAGUCUAUACCCACAGAAAUGGCUCCCGUAUCGAUAUUUGUGGCCCUUUUCAUGGAAUCACUGGAGUUGUACGACGGCGAUGGAGAGGAUCGCUCGCUGGCGGGACCAGAAUGAAGAGCAAAGCGAUGCGAUCAUCCAGCGGGCUAAGUCAGGAGCUCCGAUGCUGCCCAGGUCUAGGCACAAUUGUAUAAGUUUGGAGUCCUUUCGCUCGCCUCCUCCCAUUUUGCUGCUUUCCGCAGAGAGUGACGAGGUGAUCCCGCCACAUGUAGCGGAUGGAUUAGAAUCAGAUGGGAAGAGGCUCAAACUAGAGCUUGAGAGGAAAGACGUACGUGGGGCGUUGCAUACAGAAGCACCUGUCAAGGUGGAUGGUAGGGAGGCGUUGGUUAACUUCAUCUUCCGGUGUACCUCAGAAAGGGCCAGGGUAGCUUGA